AUGACUACUAAAUUGAGUAUGAAAUAUCUCCGCUUGUCCUCGAUUGCCUCGGCCAACACCCUGCUUUCGGAGUCUGAGUCUCAGCUUGAAGAGCCUGGACAAAAACUGGCGGCCUGUCGCAAUCGAGCAGAUGACUGCGAGCGCCGUGUUGGACUGCUUUCAGCUGAAAUACAUAUGCUUCGUUCUCAAUUGGCUGAAAAGCGUCAAGCUUAUGCCUUGAUUCGCCCAGGGAAGCGAUCAGUGGUUGCUAAUAAUUCUUCAAUUUCCUCUAUGAUCCCGAACCAACCAGCUCAGACCACACAGGCUUUCGAUAAUGGUUCCUUAGGUGUUGAUAAAGCUGAGUAA